AUGGGCAAGAAUGCCGAAAAGCUCGUUUACCUCGCCGUUUUCUCGUUUACAUUUUUCUGCGCACAGCAGAUUCUCUACAUGCCUGCCAUGAACCAGAAGCAAUUAGCCGCUGCUACAUUUGGAGGAGUCGGUAGACUCGAUUCGACUCUUUACGUGGUGCCAGUUUCUAUCACUACCAUUCUCUUUGGUUUUGCUGCUGACGAUGCCGAUCGCCGCCUGCUCUACUUGGCUGCAUCCGUCCUUAUAUUGGGCUUCACUCAAUUAGCAGUUCCUCACGCCUGGUCUUACGGAAUCGCUGCCCUUCUCCGCGUUCUGACCGGAGCUGCUGAAGGAGCAAUUCAGCCGAUUUGCGUCACCGUCAUCACCUCUCUCUUCGUGAAACACACAUCAAAAGCAAUGGGAGUCUACAACUGGGCGAUUUAUUUAGCUUAUUCUUCCGCCAUCGUCUUGAACAAAAUCACGCAAGACAAGUUUUGGUGGAGUUAUUAUUCCCUGGGGUGCCUGUGCUUUUUAUGUUUUGUCUCCAUCUUGAUUCUAGAAUUAAGUCGCAGAAAAAAGUCAGCAAAAAGCUCGGCGUAUUCUAAAGGAGAAAAAGUGAAUCCACAAGCUCCAGCACUCGAAGAGCUGAAGAAGAAUCUGCUUGAAAUACUCAACAUCGCCAAACGAAAUGAAACGCUUUUAAUGCUUAUAGGCGCCUUAUGCCGCCAUACAGCCGGCUUCACGUUCGGCUACAAUCAGGUGGAUUACUUCAAAAACGAGCGGAAAUUUGAAGAGGCGGAGAGUUAUCUUCCAUUUGCGCCAAUAGUCGCCGGAGUCAGUGGAUCCUUCCUGGGCGGCUUGCUCACCGAUGCGAUUCAGAAGAACGAGCGGCUGGCGGGGCCAAGAGCGGGACUGUUGGUUCUCUUUUUGUCGCAGUUUGUUGGUGGCCCUCUGAUGGCAGUCGUGCUCACUGUGGAUUCUCCGUAUUGUUUUUACCUUCUCUAUCUUGCUUAUAUGAUCAUCGAGAUGUGGUUCGGGAUCUUCCUCGUCUGCUAUUCCAGCUUUUUCCCCUCCCGCAUUCAGGGGCAGGCUAUCGGCUACACGAUUUUCAUCCUCCGCCUCGUUUGUCAGAAUUCUGCGGCGUUUAUCAGCCUCCUUCGUCAAGUCCUCUCCUUUCACAGCGCAAUGUUAAUCAUGGUGCCUGGCCUGCAACUGAUCUCUGCCAUUCUGUUCCUCACUUCUUUUUGCAUUCUCCCCCGGCCGAGUCCGACUAAUCCUGACAAGAAACGACGCACUUCUUUUUAG